AUGUUGACCAUGGGCAGCAAACCGGCUGUUGCCCCUGUGUUGGCGGCCAUGGAAGAAAAAUACGGGCAUGUCUUGACGGUAUGGCUGGGGAUGCAGCGGGUACUUGUGGUGAGCGAUCCAAAGGUGGUGAAGGAAUGCUUCACCACCCAUGAUAGGGCUCUCUCGUCUCGACCAAGAACAAGCCCUGCCAAGUUCCUCCUCUUCGACUACGUCGGGUUCGGGGUUUCACCAUAUGGCGCCUAUUGGCGAAGCAUUCAAAAUCUCGCAGUGACUCAUCUCGUCUCCUCUAACGACAUCUGA